GGAGGGGGAGGAGGAGAGGGGGGGGGGGGGGAAUGGAGGAGUUCCGUGGCAUGAAGCGGAAGGAACUGCAGGCGCUGUGCAAGAAGCGCGGCGUGCCCGCGAACCUGACGAACCGCGAGAUGGCGGAUCGGCUGAGUUCGCUCUUCGAGGAGAAUAAGAAGUCUGUUGUCCAGGGGAAGUCUAACUCCGAUGGUUCAGUCGAACGAACGAUUGAAACUGGCGGUAAGGCGGGUGUGCGGCGGAAUGUGAAGAAAGUGAGGUUCAGCCCUGUCGACGAGACUUUUGUGUUCGUCAGUUCACAUGUGAAAUGUACUUCAAGAGAGAAGCGAGCCACGGCGAGGGGGUCUGGGAAUAAACGAAGUUUGGCUGUUGAAAAAUCUCGCAGGAGGGUAGUUUCCGUAAGGACUGUACAGAGUCCGGUUAGGGCAACAAGGUCGAGGGCGCGAAAAGUAGUUGAUAAGGAUGUGCCGCAAGUUUUUUCGCCUGGCAUUAGGAAGAAGAGCAGGAGAGGAGGCGUGAAGGUCGACAUGAAUGAGGUUCAGAGCGUCGAUGUCGGGGAUACGAGACCUGAAUUGAGCGACAGCACUAAUUGUGACAAUCCUCGGGUCGAAGUUGCGGCCCCACUUCGAUGGCACUUGAGAAGCAGGGGAGUAGGAGUUGAAAAAGACGGGAAAGUCGAGCACACAACCAUAGAGAAUACGAGGAAGAACGUAAGACCGACAGAUUUUAAGAAGAGGAAAAGAAAUGAUACUGAAGGGCAUUUGCAUUCAGACGACAAACCUGAAGAUGGUUCCCUAGCAUUUGUGAGGGCACAACAAAGGAAGACUACUAGGCAUUCAAAGCGCAUAGAAAGACGGGAGACGGAUUCAAAGUUGUCGAUUGUGGAAUCAGAGGCAGUCAAAUCUGUAGGGAGAAUAACGCGGUCCAGGGCUUCGAGAGUGGAGGGCGCUUCUACUGUAAAAGCAAUUAAUGAAAUUGUGGAAGUUAAGGGAGAGAUUGAAAAGGAUGUCCAACUUGGACAACCACCAAAGAUUAUAGGCAGAAGGACACGAAAAUCAACUGCAGAAGACAAAAAUCCACCAAGUGAGAAUGAUGGUCCAGAGGGUCAAAUUUCCGAUAUUUUCACGGCAAGGAUUGUGGAGAAGAGGAAGACUAAAAGAAUGAAGCACAAUGCAGCGACAGGUUCAAAAUCUCUACUUUUGGGAAAUGAAUUAGUGAAUGCCGAAAUUGCUGGUAGCAAAUUGUGUUUUCAAAAGGUGUCCGGCCUUGAUGCUUCCGCCAUUGAAGCUGAAAGUAGGAAAUCUGAAGUUCUAGAGGAACAUGAAGAGGUUGAUUGCCUCAGACACAUAUCAAAUGGUUCUGGCAAAAGUGUUUCUAGGGGAAAGCAUUGUCCUGCUCAUAAGGACAAAGAGCGAAAUGGACUUGUUCUCGAGAACAAGACAAGAAAGCGAACCAAAGACACGCGUCAAAAAUUAGGGGCUUCAGAGUUUGGGGUUGCUGUUGAUCCUGUCAAUGACCUUCCCCUUAGAAGAUCCAGAAGGAAAGCUAUUCCAUCUGCCGUCCUUACUGAUAAAGAGUUCAUUGCUCAUUCAACUGACAGGAAGAAUGUGCGAUCGAGCCCAUAUAAUCGCGCAUCAGAAGUAGAAACUUCUGCAAAAGAGAAGUCACUGAAGACAUUGAUGACUAAUGCCCUUGUACACAAUUCAAGGGUGUCCUCAGAUGCACCUGCUAAGCAAAAGGGGGGAAAAUCCCCGAACGGAGAAAUGGAAUAUUCUGGACCUUCAACUGAAGAACCCAGGACCAGCAGGCAGUCUAAAAGAGGUACUUAUAAAUCUGAACAUGGUGCAUCCAUGAAUAGUAUUGUUAAAGCUGAUGCCAAGAGGCAAAAAGGUAGUGCAACAAUCACAGAAGAGGUAGGUGCAAGAGCUAAAAGUGCUGAGAUGAUGGAUGAGACUUUGAAUAUUUAUGUCUACUUGGAUGUGCCGGCAGUUCUGGAACAUGAAGAUGGGUUGGAAAAGAAUGGCAAAACAGAUAAAGCUGAGUGCUCCAAGAACAAGGGAUCAGAUGGCAAGGCUGGAGACAUAACAGGAAUUAAUAGUUUUGAUUUUUAUGGAGUAAAUAUUCAUCUAAGAAAUGACCUUACAGCACAGUCGGGUAAUGCUCUGGUGUCAGCAGCUGAGAAGUCACAAGAGGUUGAUGUGAAGUGGGGUCUAGAGGAACUCCCAAGUGAUUCUGUCGUUAUAAAUGAGAAGCCAAGAGUUCUAAUUGAGGAUGACAGAGGGAAAGUCCAGGAUUCUGUCAAUCGGUCAUGUCAAGCUUUGGGCAGAGCAGAAGACAGCAUUCCUGAACAAGUACCUUCGAGAGCUCAAAUUGAGGAUAUGGACGCUGUCUCCCACGUAGAUGCAUCUCUCACACUGAACUUAGAUAGCGUGGAUGAACCUUCUGAUGCUCCCUUAUGCUUGGAGAAUAAACCAGAAACAGAGCACGUAUAUAUUGGAGAACAUGCUUAUUCAAGAAGUGUUGAGGAAUUAAUCCUCAAUGAUCAUAUGGAUGAGUGUGAGCAAAGAGGGAUCGCAGAGAGAGUUCCUGUAGAAGCUGAUGAGCACGCUCAUCAAAUUGCUCUUCUUGAUCCCAGCUCUAACGAGGAACAGAAUCAAGCGUAUGAGGCCCAUGAAGUACAUGUAACAAACUUAGGACUACAAGUUGGUACUUUCAGAACUGCUAUAGAAGAUGUGGUGGCCAUUCAGUUGCACAACAGCUGCUCUAGUGCGCCAACAGGAACUCCAGAAACACUUGCAUUAGGAAGUGGAGAGGCCAAUCAAAUAAAAACUAAAAGUGCGGUUAUCUCAUCACUUCAAAGCAAUGGUCAUUCUGGAGGAGACCGAUAUCCUAGCAGUGAGACUGAAUUUUCAAGUGAAAGAGCACAACCGGAGCAGACAGUAAUUGAUGCAGAGGAUGGCUUAUGCACUCCCGAAAAAACCACAGAAGAACCAGGGAGAAAGCAAAGGGAAAGCCAAGAGCCACUGGAAAGUGUGGAAGCAGCAGUGGCGGCUUGUGAUGUGACUAUAGACGAGGUCGCUGAAGAAAAGCAAUCUGCUGAUGGGAGUUUCUCACUUUUAAACCCCACAGAUGCCAAAAUUACCAGAGAAAAAGUAUAUGAAGUUGAUGAAGGAAGCUUUGAUUUUGCUUCUGAGAAGCCUCUGGGAACUCGAGAGACUUCUGGAAAAGAUCUCAGUAUGAUCCCGCUAGAUGGAUGUAACACUCCUGUUGCUAAGAAAUGUUUCCUCUCUUACGAGCACCCUCUUCAAAAGGACUCAGAAAAGCAAGGACAAGAUGUUAAAGGGCAAUGUCCAUUGCUUGAAGAAUGUUUCUGUACCUUUGGGGAGGAAAUUUCCAACAAACCAGCUUUCAAAAGUGAAAGUGACCUCAGCAGUAUGGAGGUUGGAAUGGAUUAUCAAGAGAAAAUUGAAGAGGACCCCGCAACAGACGAGGACAAUGUAGUUCAUUUUGGAACAGCAUUAACAAAUGCAUGUGAUAAUGAUUUGACAAACAAGCUGCAAGUGGAUUGUACAGAUACAUGUUGUCCAGAUGAGCUGGGCUCUGAUACUGAUGAGCAUAAAGAAAAGAGUCCGGUGAUGCAAAGCUUUGAAUCUGUUUUUGAUGAAACUGGCAAAUCAUGCAUGGAAACAAUUAAUGCCCAAGCAGUUGGCUUGGUUACUUCAGUGGAGGGGAUCAUUGCCGAAGACAAAGGAAUCUCCAGUGAAACGGUUGCUUUGCAUUCUCCCAAUACUUCUGAACAUGAAAUGUCAUCCUGCAUGAAUGAUGUCUCAAAGGAUAAUGAUGGAUAUGAAGCUGGGGGAAACCUUGAAGAUGAAAUUUUUUCACCAGUAAUUGAUGGAAAUUCUCUAGGACAAGAUAAUGGAUUUGUGGUCCCCAACUAUUCAAGUCAGUGUCUUCUAGAUGCCAAUUCAGAAGAAAACAGAUUUCAGGUGGAAGAAAAGAGCUUUUUUAACUCUUGCGAUGUGAACAAUAUUGUGAGGCCGGUAGUUGAAACAGAGGCAUUGAUUGAAUCAGUUCUGGAAGUCAUUUCAAGCAGAAAGGAUCAGGUCUUAGACAUGAAAGAAGUCAUGAAUGAAAGUUCCAGUCAACAAGUUUUUGGAAAUUUGAGUGCUGAAAAGGGAGCAGAGAUCGAUACUGUUACUAGUAGGGUUGCCUGUGAAAGUUUCCCACUGGAUGAAUCAAACGCACUGAGAAGUUGUCAUAUGAAAGCACAUGGUGAAAUUAAAGGUGUUCUCAACAUAGCCUGUAAUACAGAGGCCGUUACCUUUCGUGAAUGCUUGAAAGAACAGAAUGUUGAACAGUGCGAUCGCUUUGUUGAAGAGGGAGAUUCGCACUUUAGCCCAGACCAACUAGCUGACAAGGAUGAUAUUGAGGAGGCGGUUGCACAACUAAAUUGCGGCCCUGAAGGAAUGGUUGCUUUGGGAAAAAGCAGUGUUGAUAUUACACAAUGUUCUAAUUCUGAAUUUGCACAUUUUGAGUCCCUGGAGAAGAAAGGAGCUGUGAUUUCUCUUUCUUUGAGCUCGGAUGGCCAUAAGCAGGAGGAAUUGGAUGAUGGCGGUCAGCAGGAGGAGAUUGGGAAUAAAGUGGACAAGAGGGAGUUGACUGCAUCAUCUAAUCUAAACUUUUCAGACAAUCAAUCUGCAAACCAUUCUGAAAACCUUGAAAUGACAGAAGCACUUGACGAAGGAAAGUUUGAUCUUAUUGAAGUAGGCAAUUGUCAUUUGCCACGUGCUGGUGGAGAGGAUUUGAACGUGCAAAAAGAAGCUGUAAAUUUCCAUCAACAUUGCAAAGGGAGCAUCUGCGAAGUUUAUGAAGUUGGAGAGGAAGCUUCUUCUGCAACUGUGACCAUCAAGGCGGUGGAUAUGAUUAACAAGGAAGAAGAUGGAAGUGCAACAUCAGUUUUUCUCCAAGAUCGGGUUCAAUUUCAUGGAGAUGAGUCUACAAAGAUCGAUCUUGACACUCCAAUCAUUCCAGGAGUGGCUGCUGAAGAUCCUAAGUGUAAUUUCAAUGAAGUCAUGAGAACUAUGCUACACUCUGAUGAGCAGAAGAUUGAUCCUUGUGAUGAUCAAAGAGGAAAAAGUUUACGGCCAGACCAAAUGGUGCCCUCAGAACCUAUAUCUGCAGAUGUCGGCAUAUAUGUUGGAACUACAGAAAGUGGACUCAUCCUGAAGGAUAUCAAGACAGAUACUGUCCAAUUUGAUGAUGAUAAAUUGUUAGAGGAAACUCAUUUGGAUGAGGUCAGCAGUUGCAUGAUAGAAGCUGCUCCUAAUGCCGAUACUCACGUUGAGAUAGUAAAUACUUCUCAUGAAGAUAUCAUACAUACGGAAGAUGAACCUAGUGCAUUGAUCAUGCAAGAAAAUCCAGCGACUUUUAAUCUUGAGGAUGGCUCUAUGCCAGCUGGGGAAACGACAAUGUCUCUGCAUGGCAUGAGUAUUGGCUAUGGAUGGGAUAAGACGAAUUCUGUACGUGAGCGUUUGGUCGUACAUACAUGUGAUGAGCCAAAUAAGGCUUCAGAUUCUUAUGCUGCACCUCCUCUGAAUGUUGUGUCAUUUCCUGGGGAGGAAUACCCAUCUAAAGCAAACAAUGUGGACAUCGGAACUAAUGCCAAAGAGAAGAGCGAUGGGGACAAAGAGGAAGUCAUAGUGCAGGAAGCUCAUGAGCCUCAAGAGGACCAUGCUGUUGUCGGAAAUGCCAGAGACUUUAACCAUAGCUCAAAGGCUUGCAGAGAAGUUGCUAAGGAGUGUGCCAGAGACAAUGAAGUUGCUUCUGUGCAAACUGAUCUUGUUCUGUGUGAAUCUUCUCAUGCCAAAUACGAAAGGAUUGUCGAAGACAAUGAAGAAUCACAUGGUUCUGGAAGGCUUGAUGAGCCUGCCACUGAAUCCAGGCAACUUUCUGCAAAUGCUGACUCUAGCAGUGACUUCUCUCUGAUUUCAUCAAUAGGAGAUCCAGCAAUUCUUGAAAAUAAGUUGUUGGAGAGUCAAGUGGAGUCGCAGACAUUUACUAGUUGGGAAAUGAGCUUUGUCUUCGGAGACAACUCAGUAGACAGUGUAAGAAAAUUGGAUGCAGAGGCUGAGGAAGAGGGAGAUGGAAAUGGAAAAAACGCUGACACUGUAGAAGCAAGGAUUGCCAAGUUGGAAGAAAAUGCUCCAGUAGUUGCUUUAGAAGAUUCGGAAGAUCAUGUGGAUCAUUCUGAUGCUCAAAUUACUACGUUAAAUGAGACUUUCUUGAAGAUCGAAGAAAACGGGGAAGAUAUCAUCAGAGUCACUGAUGAUGAGUAUUCUAACGACGGGGCCCCAUUUGAAUAUUCCCGUGAUUUGGCACAUGAAAAGAAAGAUGUGACAGAGGACCACUGCAGUAACUGCCCGGCCACAGAUGAGAUUACUAUUAAGAGUGACAAAGAGUCAACGGAGCAAGAAGUCUCUGCCAUGAUUCAAGAGUAUAUGGAUCGUGAGAAGUUGGAGGAUGGGAGUCUUGAGGUUAGGGCUUCCUGUGUUGAUAGCAGAGAGAAAGAACUUGCUCAUGUUAAUGCAAGUGAUUGUGCCCCAUCAGAUGUAUUCCCAAUAGUACAUGAUCCCAGUGACAUAAGAAAGGAGCAUUUGACAUUUUCAAGCUAUGCCAAUGAAAAUGUUGAAUUAGGAACCAAACAGGAGAAAGAGACAAUUAUUCCGAAUUCAGCCAACUAUACUCCGGCAUCUGUCAAUUUGUCUGCAAAAUUAGAUGUAGCUGAAAAUGUCAGAAUGCAGCAGCUGAACCUGAUAUCGCCUAUGACCAAGAGUUUGGACGUAAAAAUGGAGGAACCAGGGAAGCUUAUCAAUUCCUCAAUGGUGGGAAGGACAAAAGCCAGGAGCAAUUUCAUCGAGAAAACUCCGAAGAAGUUGCUUGCAGUUUCAGAUAUGAAAGAGAACAUGCCGAGCACGAAGUGGGAGCAAGUUGGUAGCGUCACAGCUUCUAAAACAACAAAAACCAGGAGGGUCUUGGAGGAUCUACAGAGGAAACAGUUAUAGUAAUUCUGUAGUCAGGUCUUCUACUUUUCUGGGAAAGCACUUGGCAUAACUCAUGCUAGUGCUCAUGAAACAGGAUGUACCAUUGAAUUGAAACUAACUUAUUCUCAUUGUGUGUAUUUGAUUCUGAAGCUUUCUAAUGGCAAAACAGCCAAUUGUUUGUACAAUGCAAAUUUGGGUCACAGUACUAA